AGCUUCAGCGAUAUUUGAAGCUGUUGACGGCUUCAUGAGCAUUGGCUGCAUUUGCCACUUGACAAAUCUUUGCGUGAAGGCCGGUGUGACGGCGCUGCCAUUUAAAGUAGAUGACGUUCUGGUGGAUGUGUUCUACUUUUUCCACCACAGCUCAAAGCGCAUUCAGGACUUCAAAGAAUUUCAGCAGUUUACAGAGGUCGAGGAGCAGCAGAUCUUGAAGCACUGUCCUACCUGUUGGCUGUCCCUAGAGAAAGUCUGCAACCGCCUGCUGAGCCAACUGCCGGCCUUGCGAAGCUACUUUGUCGGUCAUAAAGAUGUUGAGAAACCGGGCAAAGUCAAGUCGAUAAAUGACAGGCUACAGGAACCCCUGACUGAGCUGAUACUGUUGUUCCUGCAGUACAUAUUGCCAGUGCUCAAUCAGUUUAACAUCCUUUUUCAAGGGGAGGAUUGCAUGGUUGUCAGUCUCCUCCCUGAGAUGGACAGGCUUCUACGGAAGUUUGCUGUGAAGUUCUUGGAGCUGAAGCAUGUCAAGUCCUGCAGGAACCUUAGGGAAUUUGAUGUGGGCAACCAGGAGCUGCAGCAGUCCGAUGACAAGCUGGCAGUGGGGCCUGCAGUCAGAUCUCGCCUGGUGGAGCUAGAGGAAGACCUGGACGCAAAAACUGCCCAGGUCGUCUCCUCUGUCAGAGGAUUUUAUGAGGCUGCUGCCAGGAAGAUGAUGGAUAAAUUUCCGUUUGACAAUGAUGUGUUGGUCAAUCUUGCAGUGUUAGAUCCAUCUAAAAAGGAUGACCUGGACUAUAGCAGUGUUGUCAAUUUAACUUCCUCUUUUGGCUUUGACCUGGAGCAGUUGAAGGACGAGUGGAAGGACUUUCAGCUUAUGCCAGAUGAUGUUGUGCCAUGCAGGGCAAAUGAUGGCAAAAAAGUACCAAUAGCUGUAUAUUGGGGAAAGGUCUUGGAUGUAAAAGCUGCUCUGGGUGUUGCCAGGUUUCCAAUGCUGAAACAACUUUUUACUGCUUUGCUGUGCCUCCCACAGAGCGAUGCAGAUAGCGAGAGGGCUUUUUCAUUGGUUAGGAAAAUUCAUCCUGAGGACAGAAAAAAUACGGCUGCAGACACAUGAACUGCACAUCUGCAAAUUACAAU